AUGAAGUACUCUCACACCAUCAUUCUCGUCACGCUCCUCGUCGCCAUCUUCUGCAUUCUCUUCGGCUGGUGCCUCGCCAAGAUGUGCAUGCGCGGCUUCAGUGCUGGGGCCAUGGAAAUGCAAACGCGGCGGGACGUCGAGGCAGCGCAGCCACGCGGAAACGAGGCGGGGGACGUGUCAGCGUUUGUGUUUGUGACACGCCAGGACGGGUGUGCUUGGUUACACAAGUUUGUCUGCGCUCGAGACGAGGAUUCACCUAGGGACGAUAGGACGACGACACCAGCGCGGCUCGGAAACGGGACUGGCGUUGUACGGGAAGAGCACCAGUUGUUUAUGGUUUGUGAGAGCGGACAUGCAUUGGAGGCGAGGUUGCACGGUGUUACGACAGUUUGUUUGCUUGCUCGAUUUCCGUCCUCGAGGAACGCACCUGACAGAGAGAUGGAAUGCUGGUAA